AAGCCGACAGCCUCAUAUCAAAAACAAGCAGCUAAGUUCCGUUAGCUAGCUCCCCUGUUAAACGGCAGACAGUUGGCCCGCAGCCGGCGGAUCGUCACUUCAACUUUUGGGAAGCAACUUUUAGAAACAACACGAGUUGUUUAACUUAGUCGGGCAGACCAACUUCCCCCCCAAAAGUCAUGGCGUGUGGAGCCACCCUGAAGAGGACCAUGGAUUUCGAUCCGCUGAUGAGUCCUACGUCCCCUAAAAGACGAAGAUGCAUCCCCGUGUCCCCUUCGUCCUCAUCCUCAUCCCCUAGGAAGUAUCUUAGCAUGGAGCCCUCGCCAUUUGGGGAAUCGUCGUCAACACUUAGUGCAGAACAAAUCCUCAACAGCAUCAAGCAGGAGUACAAACGCAUUCAAAAGAGGAAGCAUCUAGAUGGAGGCUACCAACAGUCAGAGUGCUGCUAUUCUCCAGAGUCCCCAUCCCUGUCGUCUACUAUGAAUGUUUCCAGCAUGCCAGGAACGUCCUCUGGAGGCGUUUCUCCUACUAGAAAAGAACAGCCAUUAUUCACCCUCAGACAAGUUGGCAUGAUCUGUGAACGCCUGCUGAAAGAAAGGGAAGACAAGGUGCGGGAGGAAUAUGAGGAGACCAUGACUUCAAAACUGGCAGAACAAUAUGACACCUUUGUGAAGUUCACACAUGAUCAGUUAAUGCGACGAUUCGGGGAGCAACCUGCAAGCUAUGUUUCCUGAGUGUGGCACAGAAAUCUUUGCAAGACGGCCUUCUCUUGCUGCAAGCUAUCAUGCGAUAUCUCAAGAAAG